AUGGUGGGCGUGGCCAGCUACGGGCGCUCAUUCGAAAUGACCACUGCUGGCUGCUACUCCUCAUCCUGCACAUGGACCGCCGGAGGAGCGGCCGGGCCAUGCACCCAGACCACAGGUUAUAUCUCCAAUGCGGGGAUCAAUCAAAUUCUGGCAGACAAUUCCGAUGCAGAGUGGAUCUUUGAUGCUGACAGUGAUUCUGAUAUCUUGGUGUAUAACGAAACUCAAUGGGUGGGAUACAUGACCAACACAACCAAGAGCACUCGGACAGCUUAUUAUGAAACCUUCAACUUUGCGGGCACGAGCGAAUGGGCAAUUGAUUUGGAAGAGUUUGAGGUCUAUGUCAACCCCAGCACUCCGGGGUUGCUGGAUCUAGAGGUCGAGAUCGACGAAUUAGGUCUGGACGUGGAUCAGAAUCUUACAUGCAUAGAUUUGAUUGCGGGUGACAAUACUACAGCGGAGCUGGAUGAGUAUGUCAUGCUGGGAGCUGCCUAUAUCGACGAAGUCCUUACUGAAUACGCGGGUAACCCCAAGGACUGGGACGAAGAUAUGGCCGGCACCUUUGCCUACGCUUUUUGCCAGGACUUUCCGACUGGGCCAUGCCAGGAGGCUCUAGGUGAUCUUUGCACUGAGGGGGAGAUUGAGAGUGGGUUAUACUGGGCCCAGUACAUGGUGGGAACACUCUUUGCCAACCUGGUUCAGUGGUAUUCGGCUUUCUACGGCAGUGCUAGCGUCGCAGCCUUGGACAUCCCUGUCAUCGUGGACACGUUCUCACCCACCGUGGAGAGUGGUGUGCUGAGCUUCUCCAGUUUUCAAUCAGCCCUCUCUACCGCCCUUGGCCUUUCCUCUACUUUCUUACCCGGAUCGGGCGAGCUGACCGACCCUCUUGACACUGGAUUUAGCACGGCUAACACCUUCAUCAGCCUGCUCGCUUCCAGCUUGUACACACUGCCAGACAGUACCGACAUCGAGACAGAGCUCAUUAAUAUCAUGAGCGAGUUGUACAAUUCGACUACUAAGAGCAUUGUCGACAUAAGUGCCUGGGUUUUCGAAUACCCCAACGAGGCCAGCAAUCUUCCCAGCAGCCUUAUCGAGGGGCCCUUCACCCACGACGUCGCCAACUACUUCUACAAUGUAAAGCCAUUGUUUACCUAUGACGGUACUACCUGGCUGGAAAUGCAGAAAAGUAUCAACGCCACGCUGAAGAUGAACCUUGUCGGUGCAGCCCUCGCCGCUGCGGACUAUUACGUAUUGAAGGACGCCUCCGUCAAGCCCAAGAAAUGUACCAGCGUGGGCGACUACCUCAUCGAUGACAUCUGUUAUACCUUGGCUUGGCCCGGGGCUGCCAACUGCCAGCAGGGACAGGCGCACAACACCCAUGCCACGGAGACUAUCAUCGAGAGCAUCACCAGCUACGGGAUCAAUAUCACGGAAAUGAUAGUCAACUCCGAGGCCUGUCAGAAUGCAACGGGAGUGUACUACGGGUCUCAGUCCGUCGACAUCACCGAGGUGGCUAGCACUGGAGUCCUUCCCACCUGCUUCUUCAACCUGCCGGUAUUGCAGCUCGUUCCCGUGGAUGGGGAAGAUCCUUUCUAUGAUAGUCCCUGUUGGAUCAAUACAGUCAACGCCAGUGUUACGGAUGUCACUGUCGGUAUAUCCUACGUGCCGCCCAACCUCUACGAGAUCUUUGACCAAGAUUACUGCACCUGUGGGUAUGCCCAUAUUUGCAAACGGCUGGACGGAGGCUGUUGA